AUGAAGCUGCUGUUCGUGGGGUUGGCGCUCGUGGCCACGAGCUGGGCUCUCGCAUCCGGUCCCGACGAUGUGCACGCGCUACCUCUCGGCUCCGAGGCCAGUCUGCAUUGGAGGGUGGCGUUGGCGAGCGAACGAAUUAUAGCGGAAGUGCACUACACCGGCGAAGAGAAUUCUUGGUUCGCCGUGGGUUUUUCGGAUUACGGGAAACUACGGCCCGCGGAUUAUUGUAUAUUCUGGACAAACUGGCAUCGUGAAACUCAUCUGCAGGAUGCUUGGAGCGACGAUGAUGGAAAUUUGAAUCUCGACGAGCAUCAAGAUUGCACAAAUUUCGAAUGGAAAAAGCGUGGAAACGUAACCAAGUUUACAUUUACGAGACAAUUCGAUACUUGCGAUGACCACGAUUACAUUAUUGAGAGGGGUACAACCCACUUGGUAUGGCUGAAGGGAGCCGGGCCCCUGAGUUCCCUGGCCGGACUGCGGGUCGGCAAUGCCAAGUCCUCGGGCAUGUCCCGGACGGAGAUGCUGCGGCUCCCGCGGCCGAGGCUCCACUACCCUCCGGACACCUGGCAGUACGAGGUCAGGGCGGAGCGCGUUCAGGUACCAAACGCCGAGACGACCUACUGGUGUCGCGUCCACAAGCUGCCCUCGAAGCUAAAAAGAAAGCAUCACGUCCUCCAGUUCGCACCGGUGAUUCAGCAGGGCAACGAACAUUUGGUCCACCACAUGGAGAUAUUCCAUUGCAUCGGGCCCGCUAAUUUGGAAAUACCCAUGUAUAAUGGACCUUGCGACGCAUCCACUCGACCAGAACGAACUCAGGUUUGCAAAAAAGUGUUGGCUGCAUGGGCGAUGGGCGCGGACGCCUUCGUGUACCCGGAGGAAGCGGGCUUGCCGAUCGGUGGUGAGGAGUUCAACCGGCACGUGAUGCUCGAGAUUCACUAUAAUAACCCUGAGCUUCAGGCGGACGUCGUCGACUCAUCUGGCCUGCGCUUCGUAAUCACCGAGAGUCUCAGGAAGUACGAUGCGGGGGUUAUCGAGUUGGGCCUCGAGUACACCGAUAAAAUGGCCAUUCCACCCGGACAGGAGUCGUUCGUUCUGUCCGGCCACUGCGUCGCCGAAUGCACGGGUGUGGGUCUGCCCCAGAGUGGCAUCAAGAUCUUCGGCUCGCAGCUUCACACACAUCUCACCGGGAAGCGAGUGGUUACGCGGCAUGCGAGGGACGGCCAGGAACUGCCGCUCCUCAACUACGAUAACCACUACUCCACGCAUUUUCAGGAGAUCAGACUAUUGCCACGACCCGUCACCGUUUUGCCGGGCGAUACUCUAAUAACGAGUUGUACGUACGAAACGCUGGAUAGGGCUAAUGUCACUCUCGGAGGCUUUGCAAUUUCAGAUGAGAUGUGUGUAAAUUACAUACACUACUAUCCGAAUUCACGCCUCGAGGUUUGCAAAAGUGCUAUAAGCGAUGACGCAUUGAGAACGUAUUUCCGGUACUUGAGAGAGUGGGAAAAUCAAGGAACGAACAGAGGAAAAGGAAUUUCAGAUAAUUAUAAAAGUAUCGAAUGGACGAAGAUUCGAAUCGCAGCUCUUCACGAUCUAUACGAAGUUGCUCCUUUAGGAAUGCAGUGUAAUGGUUCGGAUGGAUCUCGACUUCCUGGUCUCUGGGACAACAUUGCGACGACACCAAUCAGACUCCCACUGGCACCGCCAGCACGUAGUUGCGCGGAAUCCGGAUACGAAAUCAAUGCUGAUGAGCAAAAUGAAAUUUGA